ACAGGCAGAGUUUGAGGCAGCCCCUCAGAUAACACAGGCCUUUAUAAGUCCUGUUGGAGGGGAAGUCAGUAUGCAGACCUCUGAUCCUCAGAAAGAUGGAAAUGUAUUACAAAGUUGUGAUCCUCGCCCUGUCAUUUUUGACACUUUCAGCUUACCCAAUCCACCGUAAAACCAGGGAUGUGAGCUGGACUGAUCCAAAAGCAAAUCAGGCUUAUGACAAGACAGAGCUCACCAAGGAUGAAGACAUAAUCUACAAGAGCCACAUUGACAGCAGCAGUCUCUACAACCAAGAGGAUCAGAGCAAAAACCCCAUAGCAGAAGAGAUGCAACAAAAACUCAACAUGGAGUCUGAACGUCUGCGCGCCCGCCUGCGACAAGAGUUGGCCGAACUGCGAGAGAGACUGUCCCCGUCUCCAGCUCACCUUGGUGCCACCCUGGCCAGCAUGAGGGAGCGUCUGGCCCCCCUCACCCAGCAACUCCAGAGCUCCCUGAGCAGCAACACCCAAGAUCUGUGCGGCCAGCUAAGCCUCUACCUGCAGGGCCUGGAGACAGCCGAGACAGCCCAGGCCGCUGAGGCCAGUCAGGCUGUCUACCAGGAAGUCUCCCAGCAGGUGAGCCAAGCACUGGAGCACAGCAGCUCCAAGGUGGCAGACAUCAUCAGCGACUUCCAGGCUAAAACCACAGAGGUGUCUGAGCAUCUGAAAGAGGAGAAGUCAGAGCUGUGGCAGGAAAUGAGCUCCAAGUUAGGAGAGGAAGUUAGUUUACUGAGGAGGGAGGCUCAGAGCAGGGUCGCUGUGCUAAAAAGUGAGCUUUCCGCUCAGCUCGAAAUGGUAAAUCCUCUCAGGAGUGAAGUGGCAUCCAGUCUAGAGCUUUUCUGCCAGAAUGCAGCCCUGCAGGGCCAAGUGUUUCAAGCCCGCAUGGAGAAGCUGUUUCAGGAGCUAGAGGAGGAGCUGGAGGUCCACAGAGCCCCCAGUUUGUCCUCUUCUUCCUCCAUCUCUUUGCAGGAAGAUUUCUCAGUGAAACUCUCUGCUUUGAUCCAAGACAUUCUGCACUCAGUGUAGUGUACACAUUUAUACAAAAACCUGCUUAUAACUGCACAUCACAUUGAAGUGAUUCACUCUUUCUCUGGCUCAUGAGUUUGUUUGACAGUGUACAUUCAAUAUAAGUGACCUGUAAAUAUUUCUUAAUAGAUGUGCUGUACAUGUUUCAUUUUAUAAAUUUCAUAUGAACCUGUCAAUAUAUAUUAACUGUAUAAAAGAUGCUGCUUGUAUAGAGUAAAAGUUGUCAAUGAUAAAAAAAA